GAAUCGGACGUGGAGUGGGACGACCUUUGGGAUCAGUUUGAAGAGCGGAAGUACCUGAGUGCCCGGAGGUGGAAGGGCGGCGAGGACCCGUACCGGCUCCAUGCCUUUAACCAGCGCGAGAGCGAGAGGAUCCCCAGUGACCGCGCUGUUCGUGACACCCGCCAUCACAGGUGUACGACUUUGCACUAUGGCCAGGACCUCCCGCCAACCAGCAUCAUCAUCACCUUCCACAACGAGGCCAGGUCGACCCUGCUAAGGACAAUUCGGAGUGUUCUUAACCGCACCCCAGUGCAUCUCGUCCAUGAAAUCAUACUAGUGGAUGACUUCAGUGAUGAUCCUGACGACUGCCGCUUGUUGGGCCAGCUCCCCAAGGUCAAGUGCUUGCGGAAUGGACGGCGAGAAGCAGGUCUGAUCCGGUCCCGAAUCCAAGGGGCAGAUGUGGCCAAAGCAGGUGUCCUGACCUUUCUGGACAGUCAUUGUGAGGUGAAUAAGGACUGGCUGCUCCCUCUACUGCAGAGGAUCAAAGAGGAUCCCACCCGAGUGGUCAGCCCCGUUAUUGACAUCAUCAACUUGGACACUUUUGCCUAUGUGGCAGCUUCCUCAGACCUCAGAGGCGGUUUUGAUUGGAGUCUGCACUUCAAAUGGGAGCAGCUAUCCCCAGAACAGAAAGCCAAACGACUUGAUCCCACUGAACCCAUUAAGACACCCAUCAUUGCUGGGGGACUGUUUGUGAUUGAUAAAGCCUGGUUCAACCACCUGGGGAAGUAUGACAGUGCCAUGGACAUCUGGGGUGGGGAGAACUUUGAAAUCUCUUUCCGUGUGUGGAUGUGUGGAGGAAGCCUGGAAAUCAUUCCCUGCAGCCGCGUUGGGCAUGUCUUCCGGAAGAAACAUCCAUAUAUCUUUCCAGAGGGAAAUGCCAAUACAUACAUUAAAAACACCAAGCGCACUGCAGAGGUGUGGAUGGAUGAGUUCAAGCAGUACUACUACGCAGCUCGUCCUGCAGCCCAGGGGAGGCCUUAUGGAAAUGUCCAAAGCAGAGUGGAGCUGCGAAAGAAGUUGAAAUGCCACAGCUUCAAGUGGUACCUGGAAAACGUUUAUCCCGAACUUCGGAUUCCUGAGGAAUCGCUCUAUCAAACUGGGAUAAUCAAGCAAAGGCAGAACUGCCUGGAGUCACACAAGUCUGAAGACCAAGAGCUCCCCAUCCUGAGUUUAAACCCGUGUAACAUCACCAAAGGCAUGGCAGCAAAGGCACAGGAAUGGACAUACACGUACAACCACCAAGUCCGCCAGCAGCAGCUGUGUUUGUCUGUGUACACCCUCUUCCCUGGUUCCCAGGUGCUGCUGUCACCUUGUAAAGAAGGUGACAACAAGCAGCGAUGGGGUAAAGUUGGCUCACAUAUUGAACACAUAGCUUCACGCUUCUGUUUGGACACUGAGAUGAUUGGGGACACAAAUGAAAGUAUUAAAGAGCUUGUCAUCAACCCUUGUGAGAGCACAGCCAUGAGUCAGCGCUGGGACAUGGUGGCUGCACAAAGUACAGGAAAGCUGGAAUCAGGUCUCAACCUGAAUUUUGAGGAGUUUCAUAAACUCAGUUUAUGUGCCAUCAUGACGGAAAGGGGCAAAAUGCUCGCUCCCAGUUCUGCUGUGAUGCCAGAGCAGGACUGGCAAACAGAAGCAAAGAGAAACCUCCAGAACCUGAAGAAAUUUAAUAACCAGGACUUCAAUGACCUGCGAGCCUUGUGUCUGAGCAAAGGGCUGCUCUUUGAGGAUGCCACUUUCCCUGCUCAUGUCAGCUCCAUUGGUCCCAACCUGCUCUCAGAGGAUAAGCUGUGGAGAAUACAAUGGAAGAGGCCAACU